AUGUUUCAAUUGAAUUUAAACGGUUACGACAAAUAUGUCUUUACUUUGAAUCUAAAUCUGCAAGGAGAAACAAAUGUUUAUUAUGGAUUUGUAAUACCAACAAUUGCUAGUAUGAAAAUUAAGUUAGAAAGGCUUAAAACAGAAAAUUUUAAAUACUUUCCUUGCGCGCUGGAUGAAAUAAUCAAAUCAGUAUCCACUCGUUUUCAGGAUUACCUUUCAUUUAGUAACAAGAAUGCAGUUCUUGCAGCAGUCUCUCAUCCCAAUUUUAAAUUAAGAUGGAUAACAGUUUUUAAGGAAAAGGGAGAUCUUGAACAGCAAACUGAGAAACUAAAGAGAAUGCUUAUCAAUACUGCCAACGAUGUGACUGUUGACAAUAAUAUUCCCAGAAUUGAGAGUGAAAGCCGUUCAGAACAUCCUGGACCAAAGAAGACAGUUCUUUAUAAAAACAGAUUAGAUCCUCAAGUAAUAGAGAACAUCAGAGCCAAAGUAGAGCUAGAACUAGGAAUCUCUUUAACUCAGGUGGUACAGCCGGACGGUAGAAAUAGAUACCCACCACAAUAUGCAGAACCAUCAGCGGAAGACCAAGAAGCACUAGACGCCAUAAGCGAAGCUCUGAAAUGGAUCCUACAUUAA